CUUUUAAGAGCUAAACCCCAAAACCCACCACGGCACCUCCUCAUCAACGGGAAUUCGCCGUUUCGCUGGAAACUUCUCCGGCGUUGGUUGUGGAAUCCGCCAUCUCUCUUCUUCGCAAAACUAGCCUCAAAUGCAGUAGAAUUGUUUUUAUAUUCUUGAAGACGAUCGGAUAUUACCAACGCAGUUACACCUUCUUUUUCGGGCGUCAAAUUCUUAUCGAUCACCGGAGAACCCAUGGCUAUGGCGAACCUUGUCACGAAUACCUCAUCGAUGAUCCUUUCACCAAAACAGUUCAGUUCUCGACCUAAAAGGUCGUACUAUACCACACCACUGACACCAGCCUUGUCCUUCACGCUUCCUCUGAGACAUGCUGUUAAACCGGUCUCUGCAUUCGUUAAGGGAAAUUCACGUUUUGGCGGCAACAUGAAGACGAGCGAGAGCGACUGCUUUCCUUCCAAUUCGUUAUUGUUUUGGAACGAUUUGAAUCAGUUUAAAUGCCAUGGGACUAGAACUGAUGCAGUAGCAGAUACAGAAGAGAAACAAUCAAAAAGAAGAAAUACUGAUGGAAAUCCAAGGAGAUUUGGGAAUAAGGUUUAUGCAAUUGUAGUUGGAACUUCCUUUUGUGUCUUUUUGGGGAUGUGUUCUAUGAAGCUUCCAAGCCUUAUGCGUCCUUCCCACUACAUGGAUGUUCCAUAUUCUGAUUUGAUUUGUGGCAUACAAGAUGGAAGUGUGAUACACGUUCAGUUUGAAGAGAAUUCCAGACAAAUCUACUUCAACAAAAAAUCUUUACAUGAUCCAAAUAUUGAGUCUCCACAAACCGAUUUACAAGAAAAACCUACUAAAACAAAUUUACCCAAAUGGCAUUAUCUUACAAGAAACGUUGAAGACAAAAAAUAUGAUCUUCUCAAGACCCUAAAGGAAAAUGGGAUCACAUAUGGAUCAAACCGUGCACUUUUAUCUCAAUCAAUGAAGAAUUUCUUGUUUGUCUUCUUUCAAGUAACCCCAUUUUGGCUCAUGGUGUUGCUUAGCUUUUAUCAACUCAAUGCUCAACAUGAUCUUGGGAAAAUAAUAAAGAGAAAACCAAGUACAAAACAGUCUGUAACAUUUGAUGAUGUUAAGGGUGUUGAUGCUGCCAAAGCAGAACUUCUAGAGAUUAUCUUGUGCAUGAAAGGGGACAACAAAUACAUGAAACUUGGGGCAAAGCUACCAAAAGGGGUUCUGUUAACGGGCCCACCAGGGACAGGGAAGACAUUGUUGGCACGUGCUGUGGCUGGAGAAGCUGACGUGGCGUUUUUUUCGAUUUCUGCAAGUGAAUUGGUGGAGGUUUUUGUUGGUAGAGGAGCUGCACGUGUUAGAGAUCUUUUUCGUGAGGCAAGAAAGAAUUCACCUUCCAUUAUUUUCAUUGAUGAGAUAGAUGCUGUUGGUGGUCAACGUGGGUCAACUAUGAAUUGUGAACGUGACCAAACACUAAAUCAGCUUUUGACUGAAAUGGAUGGAUUUGAGAAAGAGUCAAACGUGGUGGUGAUAGCCGCCACAAACCGCCCGGAAACAUUGGAUUCAGCUUUAAUGAGACCGGGUCGUUUCUCCCGAAAGGUCUGGGUGGAUGUCCCGGAUGAGAAGGGGCGAAAAGACAUUUUUGCCCUUUACAUAAAAGACGUCCCCAUGGAAGACGAUAAGGAAGCCAUUAGUGAGCUUGUUGCAUCUCUCACCAACGGGUUAGUAGGGGCUGAUCUUGAAAAUAUAGCUCGGGAGGCUGUUCUUCUUGCUGCUAGAAAAGGUGGUGAGUAUGUGACGGAGGAUGAUGUACUUGAAGCGGUUGAUAGAGCUCGAACACAGGUGUAUGAUGAUGUACCCAAAACCAAAGGACCAACAAUGCGAGAUUUUAUGCAAGGUGGCUCAUUAGGGUUUGGAUAUUCGAAUUAAUGGUAUAUAUACAUAUGAUGUGUUUGGGGGUUUUUUGUUUUUGGAUGUUUGAUUUGUUAGGUUUUUUAAUUUUUGAUGCUUGAUUUAUGAAUGUGAAUGUAUUGUUCAUUUUAAUUUGAAAAAUUUUCAAUUAA